UCGUCGCUCACUCGACCCGCUCCCGCAUUUCACCUGUUAGCCAAGGCAAGUGAGAGAGCACAUGUUAUACAGCUGUAACUGAACACAGUUAGUGAAUAUCUCAGUAUUUAACCCUGACGUUUACGGAAGGAAGUUAACUGAUCGAUAACAACGAACAUAUUAUCAAACUUUAGGAACAGCUUGACAAGGAUAUCUGACAUUCGCCAGGAUGCACUUUUCCAGCUGUCUGUAUGCACUCCUCGUCGCGCUUGUCUACCAAGUCAGCGGUAUGGAUACUGUUAUCGGCCUGUAUGGAGAGACCGUUGAGGUGCCAUGCAACAAUGGAGCACCCAAACCAAAGGACCUGUUCAUUACCAAAUGGAAAUAUGACAAUGGAGACCUGCUAACCCAGCUUAAAGACCAGGACGCCUCUGUCAUAGCCACCGACAAGUACAAGGACCGUGUCAGCAUGGCCGAAAACUCCAGCUUGCUGAUUGCAGCAGCAACACUGAAGGACGAGAAGACUUUCACCUGCAUGGUGGUGGCUGGGGCUGACAUCUCAGAAUACCCUGUCAAACUCCUUAUCCACAAGGCUCCAACCGGAGUGGAGAUCACAGCCCUAGCCACGGAGCUGGAGAUUGGCAAACCAACCCAGCUAGGGCAGUGCAGCACCCCUGAUGCGCACCCAGCUGCCAACAUCACAUGGUUCAAGAACAAGAAACCUCUGGUAGCUGGUGAGAAAGGCAUUAUAAUCAGUUCCAAAGUGAAGGUGGACGAAGUCACUGGCCUCACCACCACCUCCUCCACUCUGCAGUACACAGCUGAGAAGGGAGACACAGGUGCUCUGUUCACCUGCGGGGCCCUGAACGCCUUGUCCUCCCCAGUCUCCUUCACUGUCACCUACCCCACAGAGAGGGUCAGUCUGCAUGUCAUUUCUAAAGGGCCCCUUAUGGAAGGAGACAACGUGACUCUGAAGUGCAAGGCCGACGGGAACCCACCUCCCACCAGCUUCAACUUCCACGUUCAGGGAGAGGUGGUGAAGGUGGAGAACUCUGACUCCUACACUGUGACUGAUGUCACACGUGACAGCACAGGGGAAUACAAGUGUUCUAUCAUUGACAAUGCCAAGAUGGAAGACUCCAAGAACAUUACCAUCAAUUACCUGGAUAUGAGUUUGAGCCCCUCAGGGAAGGUUUUGAAGAGCGUCGGAGAAAGCUUGGCUCUGACCCUGCAGACCGAUGCAUCUGGAGAACUCAAGGUGUCCUGGACUAAGGACAAUGGAAAGCUGGACAAAAGGCCCAAAUUUGACAAGCUGACCUACUCUGAUUCUGGAAAGUAUGAGGUUGUGGUCACCAUGGGCGCUCUCAUCAAGAAAGCCUCUUUCGAGCUGGUCGUUGAAGGUAUUCCAGUCAUCAGGCGGUUGGCCAAGCAGCGUGGCGAGGACGGCCAGCACAAGGUACUGACCUGCGAGGCUGAGGGCUCCCCCAAACCCACCGUGGCCUGGAGCGUCAACGGCACCUCGGCUGAUGAAAGUCCCUACGUCAAUGGGAAGAUCUCACACAAGCUGACCAUUGUGCCUACAGUCAACCUGACAGUCGUCUGCACUGUGUCCAAUGAGCUUGGCCAGGACACCAGGGCUAUUAACGUGUUGACCUUAUUUGAGGAGGUGAGAAUGGAUAAACAAGGCUCAUCAGAUGACGGUGACAUGACAAAGUUGGUGGUGGGAGUUAUUGUGGGUCUGCUCCUGGCCACUGUAGUUGUGGGUCUAGCAUACUGGCUGUACAUGAAGAAAUCCAAGCAAGGCAGCUGGAAGACUGGUGAGAAGGAGGAUGGAUCCACUGAGGAGAGCAAAAAACUGGAGGAGAAAAUAGAGGAGAAGCUGGAGGAGAACAGCCAGAAAGUUGAGGUGUAAAGAAAAGGAAUGUUUAAAGAAUGAGAGAAAAAAAGUGCGGAAGCGGCAACUAGAAGCUUUUGCACACUUCUGUUAAAAUUUGAAAAGGGGGCAUUGAACUGGAUUUGGACUUAUAUUGAAAGAAAAUAACUGCCUAAAUGAAAGGAUAUGUGUUGUACAUAAGCCUAAAUUGUCUGCAGUAUGGAUAAAAUGUGUUAACUUUCCUACUGUAAUCGUUUUUGUUUCAAGUGUUGGUUAAGAGGGAUUUGGUCAAAUUGAGAAAAAUGCCAAUUUGAGUGUUUGGCUUGGAUUUAAUUAACGUUAUUGCUAUUAGAAUAACUACUGGACCCGUUGCCUUUUCUGUAGGGAUGUGUACAUUGGCCUAUAACUCCCUGACCCUCAAUGCAUCCGGAGGAUCUGAAGGUCUUCACCGCUGUUAUGUCUCAGUAUCAUCAACACAACCAAACACAGUCAAUACACUUUGUCAAUUUUUAAUGUCACAUACACUGCCAUUUUGUGUAGUCUCCAUUGGAAAAAUAAACUAUAUACAAUUUUAAUGGAAGGGCUAAAGGUAUAGGCUACAUAACCAGCUUUGGUUGUAAGGUAAUAUGAGUUAAGCAUUAUAGCGAUGCAUCGCUUUGCAUUGCAGGAAGUAGAAGAUCUGUUGUACAAAUUAUUUCAUGACAUGUUACAUGGUUCCUGUUUGUUUUUUGAAAAAUGUUGCCAUCAAAAGUAUCAGGAGAUUGAGUGAUGCUGUUAGCACACUCUGACCAUCUGUUUGUGUAUCAGUGGGUCGUGUUUAGUUUGGACAUAACCACUACAUUACAAAAUAUGACUUAUCUCAGUUGUGUUCAUAGUGUUAAUUUCUGUGCUUUUAUGUCAUUUUUUAUGUGGAAAGAGACAAGUUGUCCAGCAGUUGUAUACUUCACAACUUAGGUCAGGGUUAUGAGUAGCAUUUACUGAACCUGUAAAUAUAUCAGACCUGGAUGUAAUUGUGAUUUGUUUUGGUUAUUUUUCACUAUUUAUAUUGUUCAAGAUUACAAGGUUAGCAUCUCUGUUAGUUAUAUUCAAUUAUUCUCACAAAUUUCACCACUUAGCUUUAAAGGUACUGAACAAUUGAUAGGAAUUUCUUGCAGGUAUUUGACAAUAAUAAUUAUAAUGUAAGCCUUCUGUGGAUUUUGAGCCUUCUGUGGAUUUCUAUGAGAUUUACCACAUUAUAUCUCAUACUGUCAGCUUGCUGUUUGUUUCCUACGUUGUAGUUAAUGUAAAACCAUCAAAUUGGAAAUAAGACCAAAGAGGGUAAAUAUUGCCAUGCAAGUAUUGUAAAUACUGACUUUUGUUUUUGUACUUUUGUUUAAAAUAAAGUGUAGCCUACA